CAGGCCUCCCAGUGGCAGUGGAGACAUGGGACAACAGCCCGCAGUGGUCUUCAAAGAGGAUGUCACCCCGGGACUCAUCACAGUGUUCGACCAUGACCGGUCAGUGGCCAUUCCUGUAGAUGGAGAGACAUCAGGCAAACCUCCGAUCCAUGUCAUCAUUGUUAAUGUGCAGGACCACAACCAGUCAGUUGACGAUGUCCUGAAAAUCUUGAACCAACCUGGGGGUGGCAUUGACGGCUCCCAGCAGUUCUUCCCCCAGAUUACUGACUUUUCCCAGAUUGCCAGUGAGGCUAUCCAGGGCAGUGGUGAUGCUGACUCCUUUGACCCCUCUCCUAUUGGCCUGCCUCCAACGGUCAGCUUUGUCAACGGAAAACAUGAGGUGACUUUUGAGCCAGAGCUGCCAGAGGAAGCCAGAGGAGACCAGUUUGAGACAGCCACCCCUGUCCAGGUAGAUGAAGGGGAUGACAAGGAGAAGGAGGAGGAAAGUGCUACCCCUUUUGACUAUGGCAACAUAGAAAUCCACACAGAGGAGACGCCAACAAAGGAAACAGAUGAUGUGGACUCUCAUCCCACCGAUACAUACCCAGAUGUCACUACAGAGUCAGACCUGUAUCCUGACACUAUUCACCACAUAAUUACAGACUCUGAGGGAGUCAAAACUCCACAACCAGAUGAUCAGAUGGCAGCAGCUAUGAGCACAACUACUUAUUCAUCCUUGGUCUCAUCAGUGGCACCUACUGUAUCCUCUGCUUCAGUUUCCUCUCUUGUCUCCCAUCCUGUGACCAAAAGACCCUCCACUUACGUGGAUAUGGAAGGGUCUGCAAGCCGGGCCACGGAUGACGAGGCGGGGACAACGCUGGAGGGAUCAGCCGAUGAAUCUUUGCCCACACCAGCUCCAGAGAUUCUGUCAGGUGUCAUGACUGAUGAGACAGAAAUCGGAGGGACUGAGGUUCCCACUUUAACUCCAGAUACACAGGAAACACCCACUACAACAAAGACACAAACAGAAGAGUUCGAAGGGUCUGCAUCAGGAGAGGACGAGGCUUCAGGCCAAGAUGCUAACUUGCCAGAGACACCUACGAUAACCAGCACAUUGUCACCCAGGUCUCUGCACACACUCCCACCAACUUAUUCCACCCUCCAUCCACAACAGCCUUCGGUGGAAGUGGGAGUAUCUGAAGUCCCUGUUGUCGUACCUCCUGGUGACGGAGCCACAGAAGCAGGCUCAGCUACAGAGCAGCCAUCCGGAGAGGGGGGAGGUUCUGGGGAACAUGGUCUGGUUUACCUUACAGAGGCUGCUGUUACAAUUGCACCAGCUUUAGCAGCUGUGACUGUUGGAGACCAAACCACCCUCACCACCAAACUCAUAACAUCCGAGCUUAGCACGCCAAAACACACUAAACAUCCCUCCUUCGUAUCCACAGAUGACAUGACACAUCUGACUGUUACCACUGAGCCUGUAACCACAACCCCUGCUGACCAAACCACACAAACCACCAAGAUUUACAGAGACCAAACUGAGCAGUUCACAACUGAGAAACCCACCCCAACUUCAACAAAGUUCAUACCCCACCCAGUGUCUUCAACAGCAACACCCUUGUACACUUUUGAGCACGGGACCCAUUCUGUCCCCCAGUGGGCUCUGGUCCCUGACCCUGCUGCCACCCCUCUCCCAGAUGACUUUGAGGACUAUGACAAAGAGAUCAGGCCUCCUCUGGUGGAGGCACUUCCUCAGGCACCAGAAGAGACCCCAGCCACACAGCAACCAGAGACUGGCACUGAUUCAUCGUAUUCUUUGGAAGCUAGCACUGUGAAUAUCAGAGAUCUCCUGCCAUGCUCUGAUAGUGUGUGUCUCAACGGAGGUUCCUGCUACAAGAGAGGACCACAAAAUAUCUGCAUGUGUGCACCUGGAUACACUGGGCAGUACUGUGAAACUGAUGUUGAUGAGUGCCAGUCUAACCCGUGUCUGAACGGAGCCACCUGUCUGGACGGGGUCAACUCCUUCACCUGUCUCUGCCUGCCCAGCUAUUCAGGAGAGCUCUGCGAACAAGACACUGAAGUAUGUGGAUUUGGUUGGCAGAAGUUUCAGUCUCACUGCUAUAAGUAUUUCACACACCGUCGGACCUGGGACGCUGCUGAGAGGGAGUGUCGGAUGCACGGCGCCCACCUUAGCAGCAUCCUGUCAUAUGAGGAGCAGCAGUUCGUCAACCGACUGGGGAGUGAUUACCAGUGGAUAGGCCUCAACGACAAGAUGUUUGAGAGAGACUUCAGAUGGACUGACGGUAGACCAAUGCAAUACGACCACUGGAGACCCAACCAGCCCGACAGCUUUUUCCAGUCAGGAGAGGACUGUGUGGUGAUGAUUUGGCAUGAGGGGGGGCAGUGGAACGACGUGCCCUGCAACUACCACCUGACCUUCACCUGCAAAAAAGGAACAGUGGCGUGUGGGCAGCCUCCAGUGGUGAAGGAUGCUCGAGUGUUUGGAGCCAUGAAGCCUCGCUAUGAGAUCAACUCCCUGGUCCGUUAUCACUGUAAACAAGGCUUCAUCCAGAGACACCCCCCCACUAUUCGCUGUCGAGCCAAUGGCCAGUGGGACACACCGCGAGUCACCUGCAUGAGCCCGGCAACAUACCACAAGUCGUUUUCUCUCCGGCGCCGCAACAACCAAAACAACGAACAGCAAAACAGGCUGUUGAACCAUCACAUCCAUCAAACCAAGAGUCAUGAAAAACACAAUCAACCAGAGCAACAACAAAGUUACAGCAUCCUUCAUAACUUCUUGGGCCCUUUCCAGAAGCGCUUCCAGCAGCUGCUGAGAGAGAAGAGGCAACCGGAGGGCCUAACGCAGGAUGAAGAUCAGAUGAGACACUGAUCUGGUUUGUGGUUUUGUAAAUCAGUUUAGCAGUAGCAGGCCUGUCGUGUCAUCCAGAGGCAUGGAUAGACAGAGUAAUGCACCAAACUGUCUAUCAAUGGCUCUCAUAAGGACAUAGGAGACAUUUCAGUAGUGCAAACCUUUUCAGCACACUCCAGGGUCUGUACACCAGUGAGUUUCAUUAGUAAAUUAGCUCACUGAUUAUAUUUCCUGAAACAGUCUCCCAUAUCAAUGUCACAGUGCUCUAAACAGGAAGACUAAUGCCUUAAAGGCUUCAUUGUGUGGCAUAGUCAAACAUCACACAGGUGGUCUGUGAAAAUCAUCAUACGGUGUUCUCCUUUUCUACUUCACAUCCCAGUGCAGAAUCCGAACACCGGCGCUUUCUGUGAAAUCUUCAAGUCUAAUAACACGGCACAUAAAUACUGAGCAGUACGUCUAGCUACCAAAACACACUAUUUUUAUAUGAGCUAGCCCUGUAAUUGUGAGAAUUUGUUUUACGUUAUUGAUAGAAUAUAAGGAGCAUGAAUUCAUCGCUGUAAAUUAUUAUAAUAGAGCAUUUUCAAUUUGUCAUUUUGUGCAGAUUAAGAUGAUUAUUAUGACCCCUUUUUUUUUUUUUACAUUUUGUACAAAACUUUAUCAAAAUCCAACAAAGAAAAAAAGGGAGUGGGGAAAUCUUUUAUAAGGAAUUACAUUUGUGUCUCAACAGCAGCACAUGGAGAGCACAGAGAAAGAUUUUUUGCAAGUGCAUGACUUAUAUUUUGUAGAGACACAAAAACAAUAAUAUAAUUCAUGGUUUUUCCAUGCUCUAAAUGUGCCAUGACAUGCUCAAAAUUGAGACGAAUCUAUAAUGUCAUAGAUUAAAGAGUAGCAUACAGCUAAAGAGGGAACAGUAGAUUAUUACAGUGUGAAUGUUUGGUGUGUGUUACAGGAGUGGUAUUAUUCAUAGGAUUUAUAUCAUAGAUAUUAUAUGAAGCCAUAUGAUUUUAACUUAUUGUAUACUUAAAACUACAAAUGGACUGUGAUAUUAAAUAAAGGUCAUUGGAACUGAAGUGAUGACUUCCUUGCUGUUUACAGAUUCUGUCAUAUUGAAACUUUAAAAGAAAGCAUCCUAUCAUGUAGAACAUGCUGCCGCCAUGUAUGUUUUCUACAUUUUGCAUAUUGUUUAGUAACUCGCUGAGCUGCUCAUGCUUUUAAUUGUUCUGCAACUCAAAGCCAACCCGACCUGCAGCCUUUAACGUUGGGUUUUGGAAUGUUUUUUCAGCUAGAGGUAGAUGUUGCUCUUUGCUGCAGAUCUGGAAUCUGUUUUUCUUACAACACAAAAAAGGGAAUGUGAAAAUUGUCUGACUCAAAAGGAGUAUCUAGAGAUAACGUCUACAUGCAACAGUCAUACAGUUUCUUGUGAUACUUAUGAAUUUUGCCAUCUUUGCUUUUUUGUUCUUCCUUCAUUUUCCAUUUUUAUAUAUUCUGUUUGUCACAAUAUAAAUGACUUUAUUGUUUUUCUACAGUGUGGUUAAUUGAGUUACUGUAUCUGUGGCACAAGAGCUUGUUUUUAUGUAAUCACUGUCUGUCCCCAUUCAAGUUACUGUAAGUGUCCAUUGUCCUUGUUACAAUGUCAUUGUCAGCUGUGUGUGCAAUAAUAGAAACUAUUAUAACACAA